UUUGUGUUUAUUAUACCUUACCUACCUAGGUAUAAAAAGAGUACUUACGUAGAUUUUCUUUUAUUAACUGUUUUAUACGAAGAUCUUGAUCUCUCAAAUUAGCAUCCAUUUUACUUCCAGUGAUUAUCAACUAAAUUAAUAAUCCACAAAGUAUUAAAUAACGUUUUUAUGAAAUAUUUAGCACAAAAACAAUACCCUUUAAAUAUCGAUCGUCAGUAACUGUGGCUGACUUACCUAUAUUCUAGCAAGCAGGACUGCCAGAUGUGAAGGGGAAAUCCCCAAUAAAUUGUUGCAUGUGACUGAUGAUGUGAGCAUGUUCGUUUCAUAAUAAAAAUGUUGCCAGGUAACCAAAAAGUCGUAUGUUUUUGUGCGAAUUACGAUCAUAAUCUUUACGAUCGUACAUUAAAAAAUAGACAAAUAAUAGUAUGAGUACGAUUUAAAUCGUAUAUCUGUCAACCCUGCUAGCAAGACAGCGACAAAAUCACGUUGCAUAACAAUGUAGCCCAAGCUUAUAUCUUAUGAAAUAUACGGAAGAGAUACGGACUUAGAAAAAACAGAAAUGUUGUUCUUUGUGGAAGUCAUUGAUGAAAUUCUAUGUAUUUUAGCCCGCAAACUUUCUUCAAACAAAAACAGCGCCAUCUAGUAUCGAGUUCUGUAAUUAUCUCUUUGUUUAUGGAUUUGAAGUAAGACCGCCACGCAUGCAAUACAUUAUGACUGGGGAUUCCCCUAUUCGUCGACGCUGAAUAUGAGGCGACGACAAUCACUGUCAAACGUGUUCACUAUUACUCUGACUCUGGUAACGUGACUUCCUGGUAACGUGUUAGGUAGGAAAAGCAGUAAAAAAGUGCAUAUUAAGGGAGCAGAUUUGAAAUAAUAUUUAUACUUAACAAGAAAUAAUUAAAGGUUCAAUGGGGAGACCUAAAGAUUUACGCAUAUGGGAGCACUACCGUACUUUACCAAACAAGUCUGUUUCUUGCAAGCUUUGUAAUAAGGUCUACAAAUUCAGUAAUGCUGCCAAAAUGCUUCAACAUCUUAUCACUUGUCCAAAAUCUCCAGAAACAUUAAAAGACUCUAUGAAACUUAUAAAAGAUAGCUCGUCCAAAACCAAAAUGUCUGGACUGUCAGAGAUAGAGACAAAUGAUUCUUUUAUAAGCCCCUCGUCGUCUGCUAACACUACAAUAAAUGCUGAGUUUCAAGACACCGAUGAUCAUAUAAAAACAGAAUUAGCGAGAGCUAUAUUUGUAACAGGGACGCCAUUAUCGAUGGUGCAACAUCCUUUAUGGAUACAAUUUUUCGAAAAAUUGCAACCAAAAUUUAAAAUACCUUCACGUAAAGCUUUAGCGACAAAAUACUUAGAUAAAAUAUAUAGAGAAAUGCGUUUUGAGUUAAAUGAGGAACUAAAUGCUUGUAGUUACUUACACCUUCAGUGCGAUAGCUGGUCUAAUUUAAGAAAUGAAGGAAUAAUAAACUUUCUUAUAUCAAAACCUCAACCUGCAUACGUUAAAAGUUUGAAUACAGAAAGUAAUCCUCACACUAGUGAAUACCUUAGCCAAGAAGUUGAAAAAGUAAUGAAAGUGUAUGGAGCAAAUAAGUUUCUUGUACUUAUUGGCGAUAACGCUAGAAAUAUACAAAAGGCAUUCGAAUUAACAAAACUCAAAUAUCCACAUGUUGUUCCUCUCGGUUGCUGUGCACAUAUCCUUAACUUGUUGUGCCAAGAUAUUGUAAAGAUACAAGAAGUAACUGUGUUUAUUAUGCAAGCCAUAAAUAUAAUAAAAACUGUUAAAAGGAGUCAACGAUUAAGUUCCUUGUUGAUAAAAUCAAGGCAGGGUGAAGAUUCUACACAAACACUAAAAUUGCCUUGUGCUACAAGAUGGGGAAGUCAUGUUACUUCGUUAAAAAGUUUGAAAGCAAAUAAGAUAGCUUUGCAAAUAUUAACAGUUAGAGAAGAUGUGGUAAUUUCAAGAGAUAUUAAAGAUUUAAUUCUAAGUGAUGAUUUCUGGACGAAGACAGGGGAAUGUAUAAGUAUUUUGGAACCAGUCACUGAAAGCAUAUUUUACUUAGAGAGCGACCAGAAUCGUUUGCAUCGCACAUACAUUACAUUUAGAGAUGUACAAGCUAAGAUACGUUUUGCAUUAAAUGAGAUUUCGACAUUGAGCGAAGAAAGCAAACAGCAGAUUCUAACAUCAGUAUCUUCAAGAUGCAAUAUGGCAAUGAGGCCAAUACAUUUUGCAGCAUAUAUUCUAGACCCCAGGACUCUAGGAGUCGAACUUACUCAAGAGGAAGAACUUAAGGGUAUGGAGUUUAUCUACAAUUUAAGCCAACACUUAAGUUUGUCAAAUGUAAUGGCAGAUUUGGCGUGUUAUAAAGCUAAAGAAAACUUUUGGGCCAGAGGAUUUGUAUGGAGCUCAUUAGAUAGCAUUGAGCCCCUAAUAUGGUGGAAAGGUAUUUGUGGUUCCACUGAGUUAAGCAAAGUAGCGAUUCGUAUUCUAUCAGCUCCCUGUACUUCGGCAGCCACUGAGCGUUCCUUUAGUAUCCAAGGCUACAUACAUAAUAACAAAAGAAAUCGACUUACAACUGAAAGAACUGAAAAAAUUUCAUUCAUUUGUUAUAACUGGAAUCUUAAACAUAAAGCUGAAUGCGAGGACAUUCAGUUUAAUGAAGAAAAUACCUUAGAAGCUUUCAUUGAGCAAGUAAAUGAACAUAACAGUUUAGACGAAAUAGAGCCUAUCGAACCUAUACAAUUCAUCGCUUGUAAUAACUCUGAAUCUGACAGUGAUUGACUGUAGUUUUACAUUUUACUUUCAUCUCUUUCUUAAUAAACUCAAAAUCAAAUUAAAAGUUUUUUAUUCUGUAGGCUGCAUAAUAAUAUUGUCUAUGUCCAGUAUAGUGGACGUCUUGCGGCUGAGAUGACGAUGAUGAAGUACAAAAUCAUAAACACCCAAAAAUUUGGGUGUUUAUGGGGUUUAAACCCAAUAAACCCAAAACACCCGGUUUUUACCCACCAGACUUUAAACCCACCCAGGUGGAUUGCCCAUCUCUACACGGGCCUAGAAUAGACUACCCCUUCCCGAGGCUCCAUCUCGGUAAUUAUUAUUGAAUAAUAAAAAAAAUAAUGAAAACUCUUUAUCGUUCCCCUCAAAGAAUGAUACAGAUUAUAAAGAUUAUCAAUGUGUAUACAAACAAAAUUGAUAAUUAAAUAAAAACAAGAUAAAGGGGCAUUACCAGAGGGAGACUUUGUACAAAAGUCGAUUGCUUGGCCACCUCUGUCCCAUCCGUGUUUCUACCGUGAAGCAGUUGUGUUUGCAUGGCUGUGUUUCAGUUUGAAGGGUGGGAUAUGGUGUGAAUUUACAGGGUACAGAGGAAUAAAAUCUGAGUCCUCAGGAAUGGCAACGCAUGGGGGGUAUCAUCGGCAAAAGUCGAUUGCUUAGCCACCUCUGUCCCAUUCAUGUUUCUACCGUGAAGCAGUUGUGUUUGCAUGCCUGUGUUUCAGUUUGAAGGGUGGAAUAUGGUGUGAAUUUACAGGGUACAGAGGAAUAACACCUGAGUCCUCAGGAAUGCCAACGCAUGGGGGGUAUCAUGGGCGAAACAGUAUACUCUGUAAUGUUCACGGUACUGCUUAUGUCUAUAGGCGACGGUUACCACUUUCCAUCAGGUGGGCCGUCAGCUUGUUUGCCAUUCUAAGUUGUAUAAAACAAAAAUAUAAAGAGGCAACAAUGGGCGGCCUUAUCGCUAAACAGCGAUCUCUUCCAGGCAAUCUUAGGGCGGAGGGAAAUGAUUAAAAUUGUCUCUGGCUAAGACAGAAUAGAUAAAUAAGACAAAAAAAAAAGGAGAGAAAAAGGCUCAAGUUUAAGUUAAACGCUGUAUAUAUACUAUAUAUAUUCAUCCUCAUCAUCCUACCCUUAUACCAAUCAUUUGGGGUCGGCGUAAUGAUUUUAACCAUAUUACAUAAAGAUUUGGUUUAUAGUUUUACGACCGGCCGCCUGCCUGACGUCAACCCUCUUUGGGAAUGCAUUUGUUGGUGGUUUCCGCCACCUACGUUAUGGAGGAAAGGAUUGAGGAAAAAAAGAAGGGAACGUUGGAAAUGCGUGAAGGAAAUUGAUGAACGUGAGGAAUAAGGGACUUAUGUGGGAAAGGAAGGGGGGGGGGGGGGAGGACACUGCAGUUGCGGAAAGGACUGGGACACUGCAGCGGCUCGGGAGGCUGGGGUCGCAUACUAUAUAUAUUACGCAGUAUAUAUAUAUAUAACAAUAUAAAUAAAAAUAUAAUAAU